CGUACUACUAACUACACUUGGAAUUUUUUUAACAUACCUUUUACAUUUUAAGGCAAAACAAUUUAUUUAUCAAUAAAUUUACUAAUGUAAUUAUGCACUCGUGUUCGGGUGUACCUCAACAAUGAUGGUAUACCUGGAAAAACUUCUCCGAGUGGGAGUCUGGAGUGUGAAUAUGCGCCGCGCGUCCUGACGCUGUUAUAUAGAAUGUUUCGACAAGAGAUGGAACAGUUUGUGGACGCUGCUGAGUGCGCUACUAACCGGAAAACCUUCUACCCUUCCAUUGGAAUUGAGCGCGUUGCGGGAACUUUCAAAACUUUUGCCGACGUUCGGAACACUUUUUCGCUACUUGAUCUGUAAAGGUUUUUGUUAAGAACUUAUUUUUAUGGUUAUUGUCGUGGUUCGUUCUACAUAUUCUGGUCACUAAAUCUGAUUUUUGUUGCUGUUACGUGCAAUGUAGGACUUCCUUAAUCUUCUCAGUUUAACGAACGUUGAUAAUUGAAAAACGUAAAAAUGUCAUUGAGUAAUUUAACGAAUACAUCGACUAUCCCAUUGGAGACCUGGGAGCACAUCGUUAACAGGAGCAAGGAUGUGGAUCAAGGAUUAAUUAAUUCGUAUACAAGUAAUAAAGCUAUAGAGGAGCCUGCUUACACUUAUUUGAUAUUUUUUUAUGGUAUUUUGAUACUUUUUGGAGCGUUGGGAAAUACAUUAGUGAUCAUUGCAGUUAUCAGAAAACCAACAAUGCGAACACCCAGGAACAUGUUCAUCCUAAACUUGGCCAUAGCGGACUGGUUACUUUGCACCGUUACAAUGCCGCUUACGCUCAUGGAAAUCCUGGCCACGUAUUUUCCCUUGGGCAACAGUCCUUUUCUCUGCAAGACCAUCGGAAUUUUACAAGCCACCAGUACCUUUGUGUCUACUAUAUCUAUAACUGCGAUCGCCUUGGAUAGAUACCAGGUUAUUGUAUAUCCAACCAGAGAAAGCCUACAGCUAUUCGGUGCCACUUUGAUCCUUUUACUAAUUUGGGUUGUGGCGAUAAUAUUAGCAUCUCCUUUGCUGAUAUCGAAAUCUCUAUCCCAUCACGUUGUAGAACUGGAAACUACGACGCUAAUAUUAAAUUUCUGCUACGAAGACUGGCCUGUUCAACACGGAAGGGCUUACUACUCGAUAUUCUCCUUGAUUUUCCAAUAUACCCUACCAAUUAUCAUAGUUUCGGUUGCUUACAUUAGAAUCUCCUACAAGCUUCGAUAUAGGUUCGCAGCUGGUUUCGUAAGCAGCGAGGACAACUCGAACAGAAACCGAAGGCAGCUUCGUGGGAGAAGGUUACAAAAAACCAACCUUCUGCUUGGCUCCAUCGCACUUAUAUUCUGCAUAAGCUGGAUACCCCUGAAUCUCUACAACUUACUCGCUGAUUUUAAUGUUAUUAGUAGCUUCAGCAAGCAGCAAACCAGGAUAUGCUACGCAAUUUGUCAUAUGAUAGGUAUGUCUUCCGCAUGCUCCAACCCGAUUCUCUACGGCUGCCUCAACGAAAACUUCUGGAAAGAAUUCCAGGAAAUCCUGUGCACCGCCUCCGGAUCCCCCGAACCUGCCGAAUCCCAGCAGAAACUGUCUUUGCGGCAGCAGUGCCAGAAGGUGCUCGGCAGGACCAAACCGGACGUGGUUAAUGCAGGCACUGACUACCAGCCUUGCAAUACCGUGAGCUCCGACAUGACGGUGUUGACGAAAUGCUAGCUGUUAAGAAACUUCGCGUCGCGAAACAACGGUUCUGCGCAUAGGGCGGUCAAGGAGACGGUCUAGGUGAUGCGCGAUGAUGCUGUUGUUGAAGAUGCGGAGUUAUAUGUAGAUUUUGGCCUGAAAGGAUCAAAAUAUGGGUGAAUAUUGUAUAUAGGUUGUUGUAAUAAAUCUUUAAAGAAACUUUUUAUAUUAUAGUUUUUAAAUUUAAGAUACCAGAAUACUAAAGAGUCCAAAGUAUUAUGGUAUUAUUGUAAAAAAUAAACUUUUAUUUAACAUUAUUAAAAUACACAAUAGGAAUGUAAAUAUUAGAUAUAUAAUAUAAUAAAUACCUAUUUAAAUAAAUAAGUC